GUGUCUGCUUGCAUUCCUGUGCUUAGACUGGCCAGAACCCGUAAGAAGGUUUUGUUUUACUGCCACUUUCCUGAUCAACUUCUGACCAAGAGAGAAUCUCUCCUAAAGCGCAUCUACAGAUCACCACUCGACUGGCUGGGAGAGGACACACUAACUGGCAUGGCAGACUGUAUUGUUGUGAACAGCAGGUUCACUGCCGGUGUGUUCAAGGACACGUUUAAGUCCUUAUCUGACAUAAACCCAGAUAUCCUCUACCCAUCUCUCAACAUCAGUAGCUUUGAAACAGUAGUUCCCGAGGACAUAGCUGACCUGAUACCAAAAAAGAAAAAGUUCUUGUUUCUUUCCAUUAAUAGGUAUGAGAGAAAAAAGAAUCUAGCAUUGGCUCUUGAAGCUUUGCAUGAGCUUCGAGGAAGACUUGAUUCUCAUGAGUGGAAUGAAGUUCACCUGGUUAUGGCAGGUGGUUAUGAUAAACGAGUUCUGGAAAACGUGGAGCACUAUGAAGAGCUGAGGAGACUUGCAGCCAAGCUUCAUGUUAAUGACCAUGUCACUUUUCUGAGAUCAUUCUCAGAUGAACAGAAAAUCUCUCUUUUUAAGAACUCUGUAUGUGUACUUUAUACACCAAAGAAUGAACAUUUUGGCAUUGUUCCCCUGGAGGCAAUGUAUAUGAGGUGUCCAAUUAUAGCAGUUAAUUCAGGUGGUCCUUUAGAAUCAGUCUUGCAUAAUGUUACAGGAUUUUUGUGUGAUCCUCUGCCAACGCAAUUCUCCGAAGCCAUGGAAAAAAUUGUGAGAGAUCCUCUCUUAAAGGACACAAUGGGAGCAGCUGGGAGAGUCAGAGUUAUGGAAAAAUUUUCUCCAGAAGCAUUCACAGAACAGCUGUACCAAUACAUAUGCAGAUUAACACAAUAAAAUUAUAUUUCCAUAUU